CAAAAACGGAUCUAUGGAAAAGGAAGGCGUUGUAGAACCAUCAGAAGAAAUUCAUCUUUUCCGAUUAUUGUAAUGACGGCCGCUAAUUGAUUAGUUGUAAUUCAACGCCGAUUUACCAGUUUUCCAUCUUAUACGUUAGUGGUAGUAUUUUGGAGAUAUUAUUUCCUUUGAAAGUGUAAAGAAAAGGCAUAAAACUGGUGUUCGAUAAGUCACUUGGCAAUAUGCCUGCCGUCAGGGGAGAUGGAAUGCGAGGACUCGCAGUCUUCAUAUCAGACAUACGAAAUUGUAAAAGCAAAGAAGCGGAAAUUAAGAGGAUCAAUAAAGAGCUGGCCAACAUAAGAAGUAAGUUCAAAGGUGACAAAACUCUUGAUGGAUAUCAAAAAAAGAAAUACGUGUGUAAACUCUUAUUUAUCUUUUUGCUCGGUCAUGAUAUCGACUUCGGUCAUAUGGAAGCAGUCAACUUACUUUCAUCUAACAAGUAUUCUGAAAAACAAAUCGGGUAUUUGUUCAUAUCUGUGUUGGUUAAUACCAACAGUGAUCUAAUUAAGCUUAUCAUUCAAAGCAUUAAAAAUGACCUGCAAUCACGUAAUCCGAUACAUGUAAACUUAGCUCUGCAAUGCAUUGCCAACAUUGGCAGCAAAGAUAUGGCUGAAGCAUUUGGGACUGAAAUACCUAAGCUUCUGGUCUCAGGAGAUACUAUGGAUGUGGUGAAGCAAUCUGCUGCUCUUUGCCUAUUGAGGCUGUUCAGGAAGUCACCUGAAAUAAUUCCAGGAGGUGAGUGGACUUCCCGGAUCAUACACCUAUUAAAUGAUCCACAUAUGGGAGUUGUAACAGCAGCAACAUCUCUUAUUGAUGCCCUUGUGAAAAAGAAUCCAGAGGAGUAUAAGGGUUGCGUAACACUGGCUGUUGCUAGGCUGAGUAGGAUUGUAACUGCUAGUUACACUGAUCUGCAAGAUUACACAUAUUAUUUUGUGCCCGCCCCCUGGCUUUCUGUCAAACUGCUACGUUUGCUUCAAAAUUACACACCACCUUCUGAAGAACCUGGUGUAAGGGGCCGUCUAUCGGAAUGUUUGGAAACUAUUUUCAAUAAGGCUCAAGAACCUCCCAAGUCUAAAAAAGUGCAGCAUUCCAAUGCCAAAAAUGCUGUCUUAUUUGAAGCUAUAAGUCUUAUAAUACACAAUGACAGUGAACCUAAUUUACUCGUGCGUGCAUGCAACCAACUUGGCCAAUUCCUUAGCAACCGUGAGACAAAUUUAAGAUAUCUUGCCCUGGAGUCCAUGUGCCAUUUAGCUACAUCAGAAUUUUCCCAUGAGGCUGUCAAGAAACAUCAAGAAGUUGUAAUUUUAUCUAUGAAAAUGGAAAAAGAUGUAUCAGUCCGACAACAAGCUGUAGACUUGUUGUAUGCCAUGUGUGAUAAAACAAAUGCUGAAGAAAUUGUACAAGAGAUGUUAGCUUACUUGGAAACUGCUGACUAUUCCAUAAGGGAAGAGAUGGUGUUAAAGGUAGCUAUUUUGGCUGAAAAAUAUGCCACUGAUUUCACAUGGUAUGUAGAUGUGAUUCUUAAUCUUAUAAGAAUUGCUGGAGAUUAUGUAUCAGAAGAAGUUUGGUACAGAGUCAUACAGAUUGUAAUCAACAGAGAAGAAGUCCAAGGCUAUGCUGCUAAAACUGUGUUUGAGGCAUUACAAGCACCAACUUGCCACGAAAAUAUGGUGAAAGUUGGUGGCUACAUUCUUGGGGAAUUUGGAAAUUUGAUAGCCGGAGAUACACGAUCAUCCCCGCAAGUUCAGUUUGAGCUACUUCAUUCUAAAUACCAUCUGUGUUCAGCUGCCACAAGAGCUCUUUUGUUAUCAACCUACAUUAAACUUGUGAACCUCUUCCCAGAAAUAAAAAAUCGUGUUCAAGAAGUUUUCCGUGCCGACUCCAACUUACGUUCAUCCGAUGUUGAGUUACAACAAAGAGCUUCUGAAUAUCUACAACUGAGUAUUGUAGCAAGUUCUGAUGUUCUUGCCACAGUAUUGGAAGAAAUGCCUGCAUUCCCAGAAAGAGAAUCUUCAAUCUUAGCUGUCCUAAAAAAGAAAAAGCCUGGCCGUAUCCCUGAUGAUGUGAGAGAGUCAAAGAGUCCUCAACCCACAGCAGCCCCUGCUGCUGUUAUCAACUCUACCAAUAAUACAAACAGCUCUAGUGCUGAUUUGCUUGGACUUUCCACUCCUCCUGGAACAACAGCACCAGCAACUGGUAAUGGUUUGCUGGAUGUACUUGGAGAUCUCUAUACUGCUCCAAAAAUAAGUCCAAGUACAGUUCAACAAAAUAAUAUCAAGAAAUUCUUGUUCAAAAAUAAUGGUGUUCUGUUUGAAAAUGAUCUUAUUCAGAUUGGUGUCAAAAGUGAAUUCAGACAGAAUUUGGGAAGGAUUGGUUUAUUCUAUGGAAACAAAACUCAGUUCCCCAUCCAGACUGUUCGUCCUGAACUACACUGGACUGAUUUGCAUAAGCUGAAUGUGCAAAUGAAGCCUAUGGAACCUGUACUAGAAGCAGGUGCACAGAUCCAACAAAUGCUGACAGCUGAGUGUAUUGAAGAUUUUGUUGAUGCUCCAAGUAUGUCUGUUUCAUUUGUUUACAAUAAUGUACCCCAAAAGAUUACUAUGAAAUUACCACUUACAUUGAACAAGUUCUUUGAACCCACUGAAAUGAAUGGAGAAUCUUUCUUUGCAAGAUGGAAAAAUUUGGGAGGUGAACAGCAAAGAGCACAAAAGAUUUUUAAGGCUCAAGGUUCCAUUGACAUACCUGCAACUCGCACCAAAUUAGCUGGGUUUGGUAUGCAGCUGCUGGAUGGUAUUGAUCCUAACCCUGAUAACUUUGUGUGUGCAGGAAUUGUCCACACUAGAGUACAGCAGGUAGGUUGUCUCAUGAGAUUGGAACCAAACAAACAAGCUCAAAUGUUUAGACUGACUGUAAGAUCUAGCAAGGAAACAGUCUCACAUGAAAUUUGCAAUCUGUUAGCAGAUCAAUUCUGAAUUUAGUUUAAAGGAACCAUGAAUUAUGAACAACAUUGUUAGACAAUGAAGUUGGUGUUAUAUUUACCUAGAAGUUCACAGUCACUUUACAUGUAGGGUUGAUAUAAAGUAAUGCGUACAAUUUGGAAGAUAAAUGAAGCAAAACACUUGUGAACUUUGCACUGAACUAAUAAUGAAAUGAAAUCUCUUGUGUACAAUUUUGGAUUUAUUUUAUUGCUAAUAGAGAGUUAGGUGUUUUGUAAACCGAGAUUUAUUUUAGUUUAAAUUUAAACUGCAAUUUAUAAGAUUUGAUAAAAGUCCAAAAAGACAUGGAAUACUUACUUUCAAGGUUUAUAAUGGUAAUAUUCAAUAAUUAUUCUAUGCUAAGAGAUAACUUGGUUUGCUUCUUGUAAAUCAAUACACUUCCAUCUAUGAAACCUAAUUUGAUAUUAGUAGUAGUAUAAUAAAAAAUAAUAUGGUGUAUGGUUUAUCAUCUGUAAACAUUUACCAUGAUCAGUAGUAUGCACCAUGCUUAAAACCAGUUACUUCAUUAUGUUCAUGUGAUAUUGUGUGGUACAACAUCUGUAUCAGUACUGCUUGAUUUGUAUAUAUAGAGGAUAAAUGAGAUUCUCAUUCAUAAUGACUUCAUGGUUGAUAGUUUGUCUUGUUUGGGCGAUGAAUAGGUAGCUAUUUAGUGUCACAGAUUAUACUGUUGUCUCGCAUAUUUCUAGAUAUAUUCAAAUGUAUUUAUGAUAUAUUGUAGAAAAUUAUACCUAAAUUCAUACCAAAGUAACUAUUCGGCUGUUGUUAAUCAUGUAUCUAAAUUUCGGUUGGUUCAUGUUAUAUUAUACCCAACAGUAGCUUUGCUAACAUUUUUU